UGUACGUUUGAGCUCAGUUGCAUGUUCACUGUUGAUUUACUCAACAGUUAACACAGUCAGUAGACUCAGUACUCCCUAGUCAUCGCAGCUGGAUUGUGUUCGCAAUAUUCUGCAUUGUUCAAAAUCAAUAUCAUAUUAGUGCGUCUUUGACAUUCUCCGUUUCAACUGUCGUGUGUCAGUCGGGCGAUCUGCUAAACUGACCGCUUGAAAGGGAACACUAAUUUUGAACUGCAAUGUUUUUUUACGGAGACGACGUGAAUAAGUGGAACGCCGUGGAUGUCCUUAUCAACGGUCAGCUGCAGCACGGCCACAUCAUCAACGUGGCGGCGAACCGUCUGCUCAUUGAUUUCGGAUGUCCGGCCCGGCGCUCACAAUUGGUUGAAUACGGGAAAGCGAAAAUUUUCCGCUACCACUAUCAGUAUGCGAGUACGUUCGUGGAGGUCCUGCUGCGCGGUCAUCCCGACGGCGUUUGGACCUGGUACACGGGAGAUAACGUCCCCGUGGACGGCUAUUCCUCGGCCGACUUCGAAUAUGUGGAAGUGCGGCGACCGUACGUCACCGUCCGGGAACUGGUCCCUAGGAAGCAGAUUCGCCUGCCGUUGGAGUGCGUAGUUUCUGAAUAUCUGCGCGUGAAGGAGGGGGACUUUCUCAUCCGCUCGUUUCCCUUGCCACUCGCCUACCGAUCCUCGUCCAGGGACUCGCAAUUACUCUGGCAGAUCUUCAAUGGGGAAAUGGCUCGACGCCACAAUUUGCUGUUUACCGGGGUGCUCGGCGAGGAGAUUUGCUAUCUGCAGCAUCGGACUGGCAUCCCACUGACAAGCCUCCUAGUGGUAGGUACUUGGUAAUGCCGGACGAAUUUGUAACGUACACGCUUAUCCCGUAUACGGGAUAAGCGUGUAUCUGUACAUUACGUAAUUAAUUACGGUGCAUCACAUUAAUACAUUAAGACAUUGAUGCAUUCAAUUAAUACAUUGCUACAUUAUAUUAAUAAAUUACGUAAUUAGUUACGGAUUAGUACACUACCUUACAUUACGUUAGCGUUAAAACAUAUUAGUACGUAUUGACACACCAACAAAUACUCACACAUAGAGAGUAUCUACCAAAAAGCUUGUGGAAAAGGUUGGAAAUGGUACAGCGACUUCCACCGACCAGAAACGGGCCAAUGAGUUUUUUUUUAAACAGCGAAUAUCUAUUCAAAUACGAGUUACAACGGGCACACGCGAUUUGUAUGGGUACGAUCCGCGAUCAGGAUGGCAAAGGGGAAGUUUUUGUUUGGUACUUAGUUUGUGCUAGAUAAGAACAGCAAGUCAUACGUAAAAGAACAGACAACACGUACGUCACAGCACUUACAUACAUAAGGGAAUUUUAGAUUUACACGUAGUUGGGCCCAUGUACAUGAGAAACUACGAGGUAACAUAGGCUGUACGACGGCGAACCGGAAGCGCUUUAGAUUGCCAUACGGCUGCAGUGACGUACACAUAGCAAAAUUUUCACUGUCGCGACAAACAAAAAGCCAAAUAAAUGCGAAAAAUUUUAAUCAUCUCGAGAAUAAAUUCAAAUAAAUUCCACAAAAUUCAGACUGGGUUUUAGUUUUACUGCUUUUAGAAUCUUAUUAAAUACAAAGUUUUCUAAAAUACCUGUCCUCUGGGGAUUCAUCUGAAAUAUUCACCGUUUCCUGUUCAAGGGAUCAUGGCUAAUUCCUUCACACAAUUUCUUCAAACAGUUAUCGCCCUGGAUGAAUUCGAACCAGAAUAACUCGCACUAUUCCUGUCCCUCUAUCACGAUCAAAAAUCCCAGGAAAAAGAAAACAGAAAAAGGUUCAACCUUAAUGAUAUCAGCGAUGAGGACUGUAUUGCGUGGUUGGUAGUAAUACACUUGUCUCGACCGGCAUUUAGAUGUGGGACGCUGAUAAGAGCGUCCCGGGAUGACGUCCCGUUUUUCAAAAUUAAUUUAAAAAAUUCGUAAAAAUUUCAAAUGAAUAGUAAAAAAUUACCAGAAAAUACAGGAAAAUCUACAGAUCGUGUUUGCUGGCAGCACCGCUGCUGGCAGGGACGACGUCCCGAUUGCCAAAAAUAAAUAAAGAAAUUUGGAAAAAAUUCCUAAUAACUGGAAAUAAAUCACGAAAAAAUAUCUAAAAAUACGCAAGCGUUACCUGUAAGAAUUGCCACUGCUGACAGUCAAGCGAUUUAGAACGGCUACAAAUUCCAAUAAAGCAUCGCAACUAGAAUGUAAGACGGAUGACAUCGUCUAUUAAUUACAGCGGAAAUCAUGGUGCUCCAAUGGCAUGUUCCGCUGCUAAUACCGUAUAGGCAUUAGCAGUAAGCAUAACUUAAAUGUGUGAGCACACUAAUAAAAACCAAAACAAAAUGUCACACGCGCAGAAAAUAUUCUCGCAGCAUGGCUGUCUGGCGUGGUAAGGGACUUUGAUCCCGUACCACUUUUUUCCUGUGGUGCGCGUGGCAAGUACACUGUGUGUGCGUGUGGUACUGGGCCAUGCGGUACCGCUGCAUACAGCAGCAUAGCGCACUUGGCGACCCGUACAUGCUCCCUUAGAAAGCGUAUUAGCAUAACCACCGCUACACAACGACCUGGAUUUAUUCGCGUUAUCUGGAAGAACCCAUAAUUCUGCCCGCGCCUGUUCCGUGUGUACCCAUCUCAUCCCACCUGUUGUACGUGUUGUGUGCAAGGCGUACUACUCGCAAGCUGACCAUGUCUCUGAACAAGCAAUUGAACAAUGAGUGGCGCAAGCUAAUGACGGCUGCCCCGUAUACGAGCGCCCCUUAGGGGGCGCGUAAGCUUCUGGUGAUUGCAGCAUCCGGGAGUGCCGAUGAACGUAAUCAGUUCUACGAAAAUGCGCGUGCAGUUUUGGAUAGCACCCGUGAUGUUGAGGACUGUGCGGCCAGCAUCCAGCGAAACGCGAUUCUUUGUGUGGACGCGUUAAGCGAUUCAGUGACUAAAAUUCAGCACGAGCUCAGCAGUAUGCGUAAGGCGUUAGCGAAAGCACUGGUGGAAACUGAGAGAGCUCAGAGCAAGAGAGACAUUGUUAUGGCCGUUCUCCGUAAGCGUACUGCCCAUCCGGAGUGGUUCUGCCGGGAAGAAUACCGUGAGCCAGAGCCGUUGACCAAGAAACGAAAGGUCAACGAAGGUAAAGCUGGAGCCAUAACCAGCGAGGAUGGCUCAACAAUGUAUCCUGAACGUUUUGACAAAACUGAUAACCAAUUCGAAGACUUGGUGAUGAAGCAUGAAAAAGGCUUUCGAGAUAUGAUGAUUAAGAGCCUGUGCCAGGUUCCAGUUCAGAAUGGGUUCAGGGAGUUGGCUUCCAUGGCGGCUGACCUGAAAUCAGAAUUCGACACUUGUGUGCGCGAAAACCUGCUAUCCGAUGUCGAAGUUCCAAAACGUACCUGCAUCCAGGCAAUGGUGGAUUGCUACGUAAACGGGUUUAAAGCCGAGGACGUGAAGAAGUUCCAGGAGGCAAACGAUGAAGAAGAGCAGAUUGUUACGGAGGCGUGUCCCGAGUGUCAACCGGUGCCGAAGGAGGUGUUCAAGGAUUUCCAACUCCCAAGAGUUUCCAAGCGCUUUCUCCACUGCUUCGAUCACCAGUUGGAGGGUGUACUGAAGUGGUACGCCACGUCCCCCCGGAAGCGACUCAAUUCAGCCGGAGAACCAGGCGACCUUGGUUGUGCGAUGUGCACAUGGAGGGAUGGCGUGGAGACGGUGUAUGCCGGUAAUGCAGCGGACAGUCUUGAAGCUCAAGGCGCCAGGGACAUCUGGACGUCGACACCACUCACCAGGAAUUGGUUGCGACAGUACACCGAACCGGAUGGAUGCGGGCUUCCAUUUUACCAGCAGGACACGAUGAAGUACAUCGUUUCCUUGAUUACCCCCAUUGACUCAUAUCAUCUGAAGCGGGUUUCAUCGGCGUUCAACUUCUACGCAGAAGAAGAAAUAGCUGCUCGAGCUUCCAAACCCGAGGUCAUCUUCAAAGCUUCAGAUGUGGAUAACUACACCAAUGAAGGCAUCCAUCCUCCGUGCGACAGGUUGUACUGCGAAGUUCGAAAUUUUAGCAAGAAGCUGUUCUGCGUAGUGUCCAACCGCACGAAAUGCAUCACCUUCGACAUGAGGGAAAGCAACGGGGCCUACAUCAAUCAUAUGCACGACCAUUUCUGCACGGUACUGCUGGUUCUGCAGGACGUUGCACCGGAGCUGCGCCUAGAGCCCUGCACGAGCCGAGCCGCUCGGCUCGGCUCGCGAGCGCUCGCUGCUCGCGAGCCCUUCGAGCGAGCAGGAGCCGUUUUGCAAAUUUGCGAACGAGCUGAGCAACAGAAGAAAAAUUGCGAGCGAGCCGAGCGAGCAGGAUGGUCAGGUGCGAACGAUCGCGAGCCUACAGGCUGACGUUGUGCGAACUGAAGGAGUUUUUGCAGUACAAAAUUACAUUGACGGACCAGAAAACGGUCAUAAACCACCGUCACCUUCGCGCUUCGCGCGAAGGGAAACUGUUUAUAAACCAAAAAUGAAGUAAGUUAAGUUAAUGAAUUACUAACUAUUGAAACUCUACUAACAUUUUCUUUGAUCUGUGGGCACUCGAGACUAAGUACUUGAUAGUAUUCCCUAGCCAACAAAAGCAGUAUUUGACAGGUUUUAUUAAACAGUUACCUGAUUCGUAAAAACAGAUACAUUUCAAUUUUCAAACAUUCUAUUUUAUUUACUUCAGGCUACAUAAAUCAAGAAAAGCACAUCCAGUUGAAAAUUAUAGAAAGGUAUUAGCGAAAAAAAUGAAAUUGUUAAGAAAUGGACUACCAGUAUGGAGUCUCUGAACACCGUAUUACAAUUACUGUAUUUUGUGAGUGCGAAAAUUUUGAUGUUACUUAUUCGUGCAAAAAAAUUGAUACUUAAAAUUUUUGCCGAUCUCACGAGCGAGCCGAUUUGCAAAACUAAAAUUACGAGCGAGUUGAGCGAGCGGAAGCAAUAGAAAAUUCUAAAACGAGCGAGCCGAGCGAGCGGUGGUUUGGGCGCGAGCGAGCUGAGCGAGCAGAAAGUUUCAAAAAGCUGAAACGAGUGAGCCGAGCAGCAGUUUUGCUGCUCGUGCAGGGCUCUAGAGCCUGCGCCAUAUCACCGUUCGGGGAGGUUACAUGAGUGUUAGGGCGAUUCUGGAGACCGUGGAAUGGAUAAACACGCUGGAGUUGGAGGACGUCUAUGUCUACGGAUUCCGCCAUCUUAUUCCUGGAUAUGUGCACGCGGACAUGUCGUACCUUGAGUGCGGGUGGAUGAGAACGAAGAAAUCGUAUGUAUCAUUCUUUUAAGCUUUAGUCGUAGAGUGGUGCUGCGUUGUACUAAUCGCUCUGUACGUUGUAGAUAUCUUAGGCUUAAUGCUUUGUUUGCUCGUGGAGCAAACUAGCCUCACCAUGUCAUCCAUGUCGCCGAGGAAUUGCUGGAUACUUUCCAUUUGACCUCCAAGGAUCCACUCCCCCAUCUGAGGACUACGCCUCAUCUACGUACGGUUUGGCGGACAAUCUGCGAGUACUGGUUAACACGCCUGGACUGCCGCGGGAUCGAUGCAGUGGAAAGCAUCAUGCGCAAGGUGACAUCCAACGACACGUUCUCAAUCUACAGUGCACUGCGUUUUUGUGGAGACGAUAUGAACAUUGGCUACCUCAACGAAUUUCGGUACUAUAUGUUACGUUUACUACUAGCAGCACGCGGUAUGGCUUUUCCACGUAGGAUUAACUGUUUCUGUAAAUUGUGUCAUCAGGCACAUCAAAGGUUGUUGAUAGACGCAAAAUCUUGUUUUGGCAAAGGAACCAGUUUACGUAUGCUUGAUUAUGCUUUGUAACCUUUGGUUACAAACUUUGACUUCUGUUAGCUUUCUUUUUUUUUUCGCGGGUGGUGGGUAGUCCUUGUUUACGAUUUGCUGUUAGUAGAUAAGGCGUGUUAGAACUUGACCGAUUUCAUUAAAAAUAACAAGUAUAUAAAGCUGUGAACG